AUCCAAUUUUGGAGGUAUAUGCAAUUUUGCCCGGAGAUAAAAGUAACGAACUCCUCCCUUCGCCACCCGCUGUCACUUUCGAGGCACCGAGUGACCCUCAACCACCUCCCUCUGUAACUUCCCAUGCUUUCAUCGCCUGAUCCAGUCAACCGAUCCCUCUCCUAUAAACCCACGUCGGAGACCAAAGUUGACGGCAAGAGAAAAAGGAGAUCUCACACUCCGUUACUGGCGACGCUCGAGCAGGCGGUCUCGAUGGGGAGCGAAGAGCUCGACGACGUCGAGACCCCACUCCUCCACUCCGCCUCCGACUCCCAUCUCGAAGACCACUUCCUCCGCAUUCGCCGCUCCGCACCCGUCACCACCUCCCAGCUCGCCAUCAUCGGCUCCAGCCUCUGCCCCAUCGAAAGCCUCGACUACGAGUUGAUCGAGAAUGAUUUCUUCAAGCAGGACUGGCGCAGCCGGGGGGAGGCCCACAUCGUCCGGUACGUCAUCCUCAAGUGGACUCUCUGCUUCCUGGUCGGCGCCGUUGCCGGCGCCGUCGGGUUUUUCAACAACCUCGCCAUUGAGAACAUCGCCGGCGUCAAGUUCGUCGUCACCUCCAACAUGAUGCUGGCUGGGAAGUACAAGUGGGCCUUCCUGGUGUUUGCGAGCACGAAUUUUGUGCUUCUCAUGUUUGCUUCGGUCAUCACCACUUACAUUUCGCCGGCGGCGGCUGGAUCGGGGAUACCCGAAGUGAUGGCUUACCUAAAUGGUGUUGAUGCUCCGGAUAUCUUCUCGUUGAAGACCUUCUUCGUCAAGGUGGUAGGUUGCAUCGCUGCCGUCUCCUCAUCUCUCCAUGUGGGCAAAGCCGGUCCCAUGAUCCAUACAAGCGCUUGCAUUGCAUCCAUACUGGGGCAGGGUGGGUCUCGGAAGUACAGGUUAACCUGUAAAUGGUUGAGGUACUUCAAGAACGACAGAGACCGACGGGACCUCGUCACCUGUGGAGCUGGUGCCGGAGUUGCUGCUGCUUUUCGUGCACCGGUUGGUGGUGUUCUGUUUGCCUUGGAAUGUGUAUCAUCAUGGUGGCGAAGUGCACUACUUUGGAGAGCAUUCUUCACAACAGCAGUUGUCGUGGUCGUUCUGAGGGCACUAAUUGAUGUUUGCAAUAGCGGCAAAUGUGGAUUAUUCGGAAAGGGUGGUCUUAUAAUGUUCGAUGUCACUUCUGCCGACGUCACUUAUCACCUAGACGACUUACCUCCGGUAAUCGUUCUAGGCAUCAUUGGAGGAAUCUUGGGAAGUUCCUACAACUUUCUGCUUGAUAAGGUUCUUAGGAUUUACAAUCUGAUCAACGAGAAAGGCCAUGUCUGCAAAUUGUUUCUUACUGCUUCAGUUUCCAUAUUCACAUCUUGUUGCCUAUUUGGAAUGCCUUGGCUUGCAUCUUGUAAACCUUGCCCAGCUGAAUCAUCAGAAGCUUGUCCCUCGAUAGGCAGAUCUGGAAAUUUCAAAAAUUUUCAGUGUCCUCCUGAUCAGUACAAUGACUUAGCCAGCUUAUUUUUUAACACUAAUGAUGACACGAUCAGAAACCUCUACAGUGCUGGCACAGAUAAUGUGUUCCAGAAAACUUCGAUCAUUUUAUUCCUUAUCACCUCUUACUUUCUUGGUAUCAUCAGCUACGGUCUAGCAGUUCCUUCAGGCCUUUUUGUGCCGGUUAUUUUGACCGGUGCAACUUAUGGCCGCCUUGUUGGAAUGCUGAUGGGUUCACAUUCAACUCUCAACCAUGGUCUUUUUGCAGUCCUUGGUUCUGCUUCCCUUUUAGGUGGAUCAAUGAGAAUGACUGUUUCUGUCUGUGUAGUAAUGCUUGAAUUGACCAACAAUCUGCUACUGCUCCCUCUGGUUAUGCUGGUGUUGCUCAUAUCGAAGUCUGUGGCUGAUGCUUUCAACGCCAACGUGUAUGACCUGCUUGUGCAAUUGAAGGGGCUGCCUUAUCUUAAAGCCCACGCUGAGCCUUACAUGAGACAGCUCACAGUUGCCGAUGUGGUUAGAGGUCCUUUGCAGAUAUUCAAUGGUGUGGAGAAAGUUAGCAACAUAGUCCAUGUGCUGAAGACGACCGGCCACCAUGGUUUCCCUGUGGUAGAUGAGCCUCCGUUUUCCAAUUCACCAGUGCUUUUCGGUCUGAUUCUUCGUGCAAAUCUGCUUGUUUUGUUGAAGAAGAAAGAGUUUCUUCGUACCUGCACGCUUGCAAGCCUUGAUGCUUCAAGGCAUUUCUCAGCUGAUGAUUUCGCUAAGUGUGGCUCCGGCAAGCAUGAAAACGUCGAAGGAAUUGAGCUGACUGCCGAAGAGAUGGAUAUGUAUAUCGAUUUGCAUCCAUUUACCAACACCUCACCUUACACGGUCGUUGAGACGAUGUCAUUGGCGAAAGCAGGUAUUCUUUUCCGAGAAGUUGGCUUGAGGCACCUCUUGAUUGUUCCAAAGUCCUCUUCAACAACACCUGUGGUGGGCAUAUUGACAAGGCAUGAUUUUAUGCCUGAGCUCAUACUUGGGUUGCAUCCUGUUCUGUUGCAAAGCAGAUGGAAGAAAACAAGGGUCGGGAAAUCAAAUUUGAUCCAACUAUUUUAUGAUCUUUGUCGAUUCCAGAAAUAACGACAGUUGAAUCUAUCGAAUCAAAGCAAAAAAAAAUGGCUCACUGCCAUCGAGAUUAUUUCUGGGGAUUGGAUGAAA